AUGGCAGGGAUCUUAGCCUGGUUCUGGAACGAAAGGUUCUGGCUCCCCCACAAUGUCACCUGGGCAGAUCUGAAGAACACAGAAGAAGCCACCUUUCCCCAGGCUGAAGAUCUCUAUCUCGCCUUCCCCUUGGCCUUCUUCAUCUUCAUGGUCAGGCUGGUCUUUGAAAGAUUCAUAGCUAAACCAUGUGCCUUAGGGCUUAACAUCCAGGCCAAUGGACCACAGAAAGCCCAGCCUAAUGCCAUUCUCGAAAAGGUCUUCACUGCAAUUACCAAGCAUCCAGAUGAAAAGAGACUGGAAGGCCUUUCUAAGCAGUUAGAUUGGGAUGUUCGCAGUAUUCAGCGCUGGUUUCGACAGAGACGCAACCAGGAGAAGCCCAGCACUCUUACUAGGUUCUGUGAGAGCAUGUGGAGAUUUACAUUUUACCUUUAUGUGUUUACCUAUGGAGUCCGGUUCCUAAAGAAGACACCCUGGCUGUGGAACACAAGGCAGUGCUGGUACAAUUAUCCAUAUCAGCCACUGACACCUGAUCUUCAUUACUACUAUAUUCUGGAAUUGUCCUUCUAUUGGUCUUUAAUGUUUUCUCAGUUCACUGACAUCAAAAGAAAGGACUUUGUGAUUAUGUUCCUGCAUCAUCUUGCAACCAUCUCCCUGAUUACCUUUUCAUAUGUCAACAAUAUGGCCCGAGUGGGGACCCUGGUCAUGUGUCUCCAUGAUGCAGCUGAUGGCUUGCUGGAGGCUGCCAAAAUGGCCAAUUAUGCCAAGUUGCAAAAACUGUGUGAUCUCAUGUUUGUCAUGUUUGCGAUAGUUUUCAUCACCACAAGACUUGGUAUAUUUCCUCUCUGGGUCUUAAACACAACAUUGUUUGAAAGCUGGGAAAUUGUUGGACCCUACCCAUCCUGGUGGGUUUUUAACUUGUUGCUGUUGCUAAUUCAAGUCCUGAAUUGCUUCUGGUCUUACUUGAUCAUAAAGAUAGCUUGCAAAGCUAUUUCCAAGGGCAAGGCUGGGAAAUGGAAUCCUUUGCAUGUGUCCAAGGAUGACCGAAGUGAUAUUGAAUCCAGCUCAGAUGAGGAAGAUUCAGUACUUCCCGCAAAGAACCCACACAACGCUACCACCAACACCAACGGGACCAGCGGCACCAGUGGCACAAACGGGUACCUCACAGGUGGUCCGUGUGCAGAGGAACACUAA